ACUAUUAGAUGGACUAUGUACUUUCUUUUCUUCUUCUUCUUUCUUCGGCACUACUUCGCGGGAUUCCAACCUGGGCGAGUCCCUCCCGCUUUCGGACUGCCCAGCCGACCGUUUUCCGCGCAAUCGGGACAUUUCGGAGAAAUGACGCCCGGCUUGCCGCACCGGAAACAAAAUCUCCUCCACUCCGUGGCCUCGCAAUCUUGGAAUCCGUGCUCCGCCGCCCCGCAAUUCCAGCAACCUGGCCUAAAUGUAUUUCGGACUCGCCCACGUAGCUCGUCCACCUCCAGGUGUCGGUGCUCGUCGACUUCGUCCUGUACGUGCGCCUCGCUGACCCGUACCUUGUUCUGCUGCAGGCGUGAGGCGAGUUGCUGCGUCGAAUGGAUGUAGUCAUCCGCGCUCUCU